AGCUAAAUAUUUUUCGAUUAAACAAAUUUAUUUACUAUCACCCUUCUUCCACUUCUCUCUCUUGAAGUCUCUUUCGUACUUCUAUUCAUCUCCAUCUCCCCUUUGUCUCUCUCUCAUCACUAAUUUAAGGAGGGUAGCUAGAGAGAGAAUCCUUUUAGGUGAAAAAUAAAUCUCAAAACUUUGAAGCUUCAAAGGUGGAAAAAAAGAAAAAUGGAGAUGAAAGAGCCAUUAAAGAUGGAGACUUUGAAAGGAGGAGCUUCACUUAAUAGUAAUAAUUAUCAUUAUUUAACUGAAAAUAAGUGUUCAUCCACAACAACAUCAUUAGAUUCUCAAAUUCUUGAGAAUAUUUAUUGCCCAUCAUCAACAACAAAUAAUAAUACAGGGUUUAUGGAGUUAUUGGGUAUGCAAGAUGUGAUUAAUAUUAAUACUCCUGAUUUGUUUGAUAUUAUGAUGAUGAAUGGUGAUGAUAAUCAAGCUUUUCAUUGUUCUAAUGUCAAUCUAGAAUCUUCUGAGGUGCUUAAUAAUAAUCUUCCUACUACCCCAAACUCUACUUCCAUUUCCUCUGCUUCUAAUGAAGCUCUUAAUGAUGAUCAACACCCAGAUGAUGAACAAGAACAAAAGACCAAAAAACAAUGCACAAAAGCUAAGAAGACAAAUGAGAAACGGCAGAGAGAGGCGAGAUUUGCGUUCAUGACAAAGAGUGAAGUUGAUCAUCUAGAAGAUGGUUAUCGAUGGAGAAAAUACGGCCAAAAAGCUGUCAAGAACAGCCCUUUUCCAAGGAGUUACUACCGUUGCACCAGUCAAUCAUGUAAUGUAAAGAAGAGGGUAGAGAGAUCUUUUACUGAUCCAUCCAUUGUUGUUACAACAUAUGAAGGUCAACACACCCACCCUUGCACCGUCCUGCCACGUGGACUUAUUUCGGGUUCGGGUUACGGCUCGGGUUUCAAUGCUAGUGUGCAGGGUGCAAUCACCCCUUUUGUUGUACCAAUGCAAGUGGCUAAUAACAAUCAUUUUCAAAUGAGUUAUGGUAAUAGUUUAGUUCCUCAACAGCUAAACCAGUUUGGCAAUAAUGUUGUUUGUACAAAUACAAUAGGUAGUAGUGUUAGUUCUAGCUGUUCAUUAUUAGGUUCCCAAGAAAGGUGUAAUUUUGGUGGUGUUUCUGCACCACUUCCACUUAAUGCUGCUUUGCUUACAGAUCAUGGGCUUUUGCAAGACAUACUUCCUUCAAUCAUGAAGAAACAAGAGUAGAUUCAUUAUAAAUAUGGAGUAUUUUUCUGUGUAUUUUCCAUUUUUUUUUUGCUGACUAAGCCUGUAAUUUUAGUAGAAUCCUCUCACUGAUCUUAGCUAGUGUAAUAUUGGGUGUAGAAGAUCCCCUCUUUAUCAUAUAUGAAAAGUACUUGACAUAUAAGCUAAGUAUUAGUCAUUGUAUUUUGGCAAGAGUAUAACAUAUUUUGACCUUUAACCACAACUUAGCCUUAUGAAUGAGUUGGUUUCUUGAUAUGGUAUUAGAAACAAAGUAAGUGAGUGUAUGAGUAUUAAUUUUAUACAAAUUCUUGUAUGAGACGGUCUUACCGUGAUACGAACGCCAAACUUGGGUUAAAUAAUGCAAUAAUAGAAAUUUUUAGCAUAACGGGCUUUUAUAUGGAAUUGUCUUACAGUGAGACGAUCGCAUACAAGAGUGGCUAGAAAUUUUAUCUACCAUUCUUUUUUAAAGUGAAAUACUCCUUCUAUCCUUUUGAUUUUUGCACCCAAAUUUAAAAUGAGUGAAAUGUAACGGAAAGAAAAAUUAAAUUGAAGAACAAAACAAAAAAUAAGUGGAUGAUAAAAAUGAGUGAUUAUGUCAAAGAAAGAAUUUAAGUUUAUAAAUGUGAUUCAAAGAAGAAUAAUUUCAUUGUAAAAAGAGAAAUAAUGUAAAAUUAAUAGGGCAAAUAAUAAUGGAAUAUGGUGCAAAAUAAAGUGUAUUUAAUUAAUAUCAACCAUGAAAAGGGUAUGUGCUUUAUUAUAAUCUAUAGUGGAGGUAAGUAUAAUAAUAGUAUGUGAAGUAUCUGGUACACAAAACGUAUGCAAUUCAAUGAAGUUCUCUUGUCAGUAGUAC